AUUUAUUAUGUAUUCGUGGCAGGAUAAGUGCAUCGAUGGAAUGUAUUAAUAUCAGAUCCAUUUAAAAACAUUGACCCAUUUGAAAAAUACUUGUACUGUUUUUCUAAGCAGUAUACGAGUUAAUGUGUGCUUGUGUGAAUAAUAAAUGUGUGCAUCUACUGAAAUUGAGAAUACUUCUGCAAACGAGUUCAGGUCAUCUGGCAUCAUAGCAAACAUUUCAAAGUUGUCUUCUUCGUGUUCGGCCCGACGCGACUCACGCCUUCUCAAGAUAGGGCCAUUAACAGAUUCGAGAUGGCAACUAAAUACGAAAAAACAUCCAGAAAGCAACAACAUCGCCAUACACGUCACUCCACCAGAUGGCGAAGAAGAUGACGAAUUUACGCCUACGCUGCGAGUGCGAAGAAAACUUAGCACACCGUUGAGUGCGCUACCUAGAGUAUCCGAUGGAUUGCCCAAUUUACGUAGCUCACCCACCAGAUCGCUAUCGCCCCUCGACCGAACGAAACGGCGUUUUAGCACUAUGGUAUCGAGUGCGGCCGCCGCAGCUGUGUCUCGUCGCCUUUCUGCCACCAUAGGAUGGUGUCUGGCUACUCCAACGCAAGUCAAACCACAGAUUGUUCGACAAGGCCGCGCGCUAUGUCUUCAAUAUAUAAAAACACAAAUACGACGAUCUACUUUAUGUUCAAAAAAGAUUGUGAUAAAACGUCUACAACGGAUGAUAGAGACUGAAUGCGGAGAAGAGGCUAUAUGCAACACAGACACUGGCGUGCUGGUGGCUCUUCGAGCGCUCUGCGCAGCGCUGGAAAGGAAGCGACCAGAUGCGUUCCGACACGUGGCGCGCCAGGCCACCCGAGCACCAUCCGCGAUGCUGCGCUCCGACACCGCCUUAGCAGAGCUCGCGCUCGCACUGGCGCGACGCAUUACCAGGGAAAACAUUACCUGGUCCAAGAUAGCUGCAGUGUACUGCAUCUGUGGUGCAUUAGCUCGGGAAGCCGCUGAGGCGGCGGAGGGCGAACCCGCCCUAGAGCUGGUUGCAGCGCCAGCCGCCGCCAUCGCUGAUCUCCUGCACGAGGAGCCUGGCUCCUGGGUUGUCUCACACGGUGGUUGGGAUGGAUUAAUAGAAAGGCUCCGAGCUAGUGAACGUGAUCAAAGAUCAGAGAAAAACUUACGGGUGAUGGUGUCUUUCUUCGUGUUAGUAUGUCUCACUCUCUUGCUGUUUCGAUGGCUGAUACACGCACAUCCUGCUUACAGCGAGUAGGAAAAACAAUCUAAUAAUAAAUAAAAGUUACAUCUAAUAUGCCUUAUGAUAGUUAUAAACAUAAUUACCAGCAGUCAGAACAAUCAAUAUUAUAGUUCAGUGAAGUAAGUAUGUAAAAAUCUAUGUAAUGUAGCCUUAUAGUAAUGAAAUGCUGUAUUAGAAAUUUUAGAGAUUCCCCGCCGUCGUGAACGACGUAAGACUCAAUAAAGAGCGCCCUACACUGAAAGGUAGGCUGGAGACAAGUCUAAUAUACAUUUUAAACAUGGCUGCUUUGUUUUAACAAGAAAUGAUUUAUGCAAUAGACCAAAAGUUUAUAGUAUAGAUCUGUAUUGUGAGGCUGUAAGAUUUUUUUUCAUGGUUUUUAUUAAGUAUACAAAAUUGUAACAAGUCAAAAACAGUAGGUAAGUAGUAGUUUCAGGUUAAUAUUUAGAUCUUUAAAUGACUUGUGCCAUAAGUGAUUGGGGCGAUAACAACGUAUAGUCUUUAAUAGUUAAAUUUAAAAAGUAAUAAAUAUUUAUAUAUCUUCUCUUCUAGAAACGUGUAAUUUCUGGAGCUACAUGUUGUUACAUAUAAACAGUAUUAUUUUUUUUAGUAUUAUAAUAUUACUGGGUAAAAGUACACCACCUAUAAUACUUAUCUAGGCACCUAUUGUGAAUUAUUAAAAAAAUCUAGGUAUAUACCUACAUAUAGAUACAUGUUUGUAAUAUUACGUAAUAAUUUAUCAAAAUACAUGUAGCCAGGUACCUUAUAUUUUUUAAUUCUUGUGCCGAAAUAUGCCUCAAAUUGUAGACAUUAUAACUAUUACAAUAAUAAUAUAUUUUACUAUUAUUUAAGGAAUAAGUAAGACAAUUGAGUAUAAUACAUAAUUUAUGUAGUUGAAACUUCCUAUUUAUCUAUAAGGAAAAAUUAUGUAAGUAAAAAUUAAAAUAAUUCUGUUAGGCAUAAA